AUGUCUGCAGGGAUCCCAAUUCUCGGAAACCUCCUACAGGUCCCGCCGUACCAUUCUUGGCUUAAAUUCAAGGAAUGGAGUGACCAGUACGGUUCUAUCUUUCGAAUGAACAUUGCCGGUCGAAAACAUGUCGUUUUGUCCACAGAGAAAAUCGCCAAUGACCUUCUACGAGAGCGAGGAUCAUUAUACUCAUCGAGAGAGUACCUGCCUUUUGCAUCAGAGUUACUGUCGAAUAACCUUCGACCACUGUUCUUGCCAUAUAAUGACCUCUGGCGACGCGGACGCAAACUUAUGCAUCAAUUAACCAUGCCUGUCGCGGCCGACUCCUACCAACCAGUCCAAGAACACGAGUCAGUCAAGCUUCUGGCAGCAAUGCUGAGAGAGCCGACCAGAUAUGAGCGUUGGUUGGAGCAAUACGCCUCUGGCGUGGUCUUUAGGAUCGGGUUCGGUCGCUGGAUCGAAACGGGCAGGGAGAAAGAGUUCCUCCGGAUCGUCAAGGUCGGAAAGGAGGUCGAGCGAGUCGGCAGUCCGGGUGCAUAUCUUGUUGAUACCCUGCCGUUCCUGAAGUACAUUCCAACCACCCUGGCUCCAUUCAAGCAAGAGGCUCGACGGUUGCGUGCUGAAGAGCUCAGCCUUUUCAGACAACUUCAGAAUGACGUGCGGCAAGAAAUGCGCAACGGCUCGGCCGUGACUUCGUUCACCAAGACCUUUCUCGAGAACCAGAAAGCUUACGAACUUUCGGACGAUGAAGGUGCAUAUGUCAUUGGGACUUUGUUCGAGGCUGGCACCGGCACCACUGCUGCGGCCAUGAUGUCGUUCUGUCUUGCCAUGUGCCUGCAUCCAGAGUGGCAGAAGAAGAUUCAAGAGGAAGUCGACAGCGUCGCUGGGUCCCGCAUGCCAGACUUCGAAGAUAUCCCACAGCUACCGACGGUACGUGCUGUCAUCAAGGAGGUCAUGCGCUGGAGACCGGUCACUGCAGGCGGAGUGCCGCACCAACUCAUCAAGGACGAUGAAUACCAGGGGUACUUAUUUGAAGCGGGAACAGUCUUCCACGCGAACCAGUGGGCCAUUCAUCGAGAUCCGGAAUUAUAUCCAGACCCAGAGGCCUUCCGACCAGAGCGGUGGUUGAGUUCGGAAUUCCCUCAGACCUAUCGUGAGCCGCUGAACAAAUUUCCCAAUUUGCAGAAUUUCUCCUGCUUCGGGUUUGGGCGGCGUAUUUGUCCUGGACAGAAUAUUGCGGAGCGGUCGAUGAACAUCCUUACUGCGCGAAUUGCUUGGGCAUUGGACUUGCAAAGGAAGGUGGAUGCAGAAGGAAAGGUGCUUCCCAUCCCGGAAUAUGAUUAUAUUGCCGGGUUCAAUGUACAACCGCGCCAUUUCGACUUUGAGAUUGUGGCCAGGUCUCCUGAGCGGGCUGAGGCAGUUGCUGUCGCCCUUCGAGAAGCCAAAGCAGGACGGCUUCCUUGA